GGCAUUGCCUCUGUUUCCUGCCAGAGAUGGGAACUAUAAAAGGCAGGCUGUUUUUUAAAAGUUCAACUGAUUUGGAUGCUGCUGCUGUUGGUGUUGCAGGGACAGAGUGGUCCUGGAGAGCAAAGGGAGCACACACAGUUGGAGAUAGAAGAUGGCAGAGGCUGACGGCACAAUUAUCAACACCAGCGUGAAACAGAAAGACCCAAAUGAGGCGCUGGUCAUUGCUGUGACAACUAGAGCCAUCUUCAACCUAGAGGAGGAACACGAGCUGUUCCUGGCAAAGGGCAAGGAGGAGUUUGUGAGGCACCAGCAAGCCAAUCAGGAUAAGCCCCUGGAGCCAGGUACAGCCUUCCCUUUCAUUCAGGCAGUACAAUAUGUAAAUCAGAAACUCCUGGAGAGAAACCCUGAGGAAAAGAAGCUUUUUGAUGUCAUUGUGCUCUCCAACAACAGCCCAGAGAGUGGUGUGCGCAUUGUAAACAGCGCUAAGCAAUAUGGUUUGGAGAUCUCCAAAUUCUGCUUCGUCAGCGAUGAAGACUCCACCCAGUACUUGAAGUCCCAUAAUGUCAAGCUGUUCCUCUCGGCUGACAGGACAGAUGUGUGCAAUGCCCUUCGUAGAGGGGUUUCAGCUGCACUCAUCUUCCAGCAGGAGGUGCAGGCUUCCAGCACCCAGCUGCGGGUGGUGUUUGAUGGGGAUGCUGUGCUCUUCUCAGAUGAGACAGAGCGGGUUUUUCAAGAGAAGGGACUGGAGGGAGCUGUGGAGUAUGAGAAGAGAAUGGAGGCCGUGCCAAUGGGAGAGGGUCCACUGAAGGCAUUUGCCAUGCAUCUUGGGAAGAUGCGUCAGAAGUUCAGCCAAGAGAAUUCCCCUAUUCGCACCUACUUGGUGACUGCCCGUAGCGGCCGUGACAUGGGCAUCCGUGCCAUCAAAACCCUUCGUGAAUGGGGGCUGGCAAUCGAUGAGGCCUUCUUCAUGGACGGGGCUCCCAAGGGCCCCAUUCUCUCCAAGAUCCAACCCCACAUCUUCUUUGAUGAUGGGCUUCAUCACAUCCAGGGGGCCCAGGAUGUCGGCAUACCUUCAGCAUGGGUCCCUUGUGACUGCUGAUGACCAUGGAUGAAGGGGCAAAUGUCAUCCAAAUUACCCAAAGUGCAUUUGUCAAAUGUCAAGCCAAAGUUUACAGUGGAAGGGGUAAAGAGAGGAUUUUUAAACCUGCAUCAAACUCAAGAGAGAGGGAGAGAGAAUUCUGCAUGUGGAUGUGAUGCUGAAUAUAUGAUUUUUGUGUAUCUCUGUUCCAAAGACAUGCUCCAUUUGAUUUUUGGGAAGUAACAAAAGAAGCCUAAAAUUUUACCAAAAGUACCUGCUUGAAAUGUCACCUAUCUACCUCUCAUCAUUUGCUAUAAGCUGUCUCUCCAAGGAUUGUAGCCCGUAGGGCCAGUAUGCCACAGCAAUCCUUCUGUGUGCUUUAGAACUACUGCUUCUUUAAAAUGGCCUGUAAUACAAGUGUUGAAACAGCAGCUCAGAUGAAGAGACCAUGGGAACUGAAGAGAACAUGUAAUCAUGUCACAUUGACUUGGCAAUGUGUAAACUAUAGCUGUAGUCAGAGAUGAAUGUUGGUCUUUAGGAUUUGGGGCCAAUACUACCUAAAUUCCCAAAUGUCUGCUAAAUGCUGAAUCUGUUGAGGACUUUAUUUUUCCAAAGGAUUUUUUACAUGAAUAUUUUGUAUGUGCUCGGCCAAAUCCUGCGAAGUGCUAAGCCAUUCACUCCAGCAGAAAAUAUAGGCGUUCAGCACUUUCUGGGAUUUCAUCCAUUUAAGUAUAUAUCUUCUCAUUGAUUCUGGCUUGAAUUUAUACCUGGGCCAGACUCGGGUCUCACAGUAGCAUGAAUCUGCAGUCAUUUCCAGAGAAGUCAAUGAAGUUAUAUCACUGCAGUUGAGAUGACACUCAAACCUUGAAUAUGUUGUAGUGAAAUGAACAGCAACAUCUCCCUCUCUCUUCUGCCUUCCUGCAGAUUUCUUCACCAAACAGCAUAGUGCAAGUGUGUCACUGUCACUUUAUAUUGCAUAACUCUAUAACAGCGCUUUUCUUGCAGUAUCUCAGGGAUGAGUCGGCAAUACUGCAGGAAUGACAGUCCCCAUGUUCUAGCUGCCUGUUCAUGUUUAGGACCCUAGCCACCGGGGUAUGUGUAUGUUUAAUAAGUAGGCUUCUAAGCCACAUUCUUUAUUACAAG